UCUCGCCAGUCCUAAAUAAGCCCGCCUUCAUCCUGACUGUGUGCUUCCCAGACCCACCAUGACCCACCAAGACUACAAUAACAUUAUCAUCGUCGGCGCUUCCAUUGGCGGCCACACCCUGGCCAACCAGCUCUACCCGGGCCUCCCAGCCGACUACCGCAUCCUACUGGUAGAAGCUCUCGAGUUUGCAUUUUGGCCCAUCGCUGCCUUUAGGGCCGCUACUGUUCCUGGCUGGGAGAACAAGAUUACAGUCCCACUCACACACGACCGCGUCUUCCCCGCCGGCUCUCAGCACCAAGUUCUCGCGCCAAACAAGCUGAUGGAAUGCAAGGCGUCCAGUGUGGUACUUCAACACCCUUUUGAGGGCUCUACUGAAGUUCCUUUCUGGAGAUGCGUUAUUGCCACCGGAACGACUCAACAGCAGCCUAUGGUCCCUGAUCUCUCAUCAACAGAGGAAGAGUACAAGCAGCUGUUACGCCAGAAUCAGAAAGAGUUGAGGGAGGUCAGGGAUGUAGUGAUCAUCGGUGGCGGGGCUGUUGGUAUCGAGUUUGCCGGCGAUAUCCGCUGCAUCAAUUCCAAGGCCAACAUCACCAUUAUUCACCCCCGCUCCGGCCUCCUGGAGCCAACGCCCCUCAACCCCGUCCCAGCCUCCACCACCGCAGUCCCUUCGUACUCUUCUCCACCUGUUGACCCGCGAUUUUCCCACACCCUCGAAGGGCACUGCCUCAAACUCGACAUUUCCCUCAUCUUCCAAGACCGUGUGGCCAUCCCCACACCAGAAGAUGCUGACAGUACGGAUGAAGGCGAAUGGAAAGGAGAGUACGGGAAGCAACACGGGACGAAGGAGGUGAGACUCAAGAGUGGGAAGAGGGUGAAAGCGGAUUAUGUGAUACUCGCGGCGGGGACGAGUCCGAAUAGUGCGAUGAUAGGAAAGGAAGAUGGUGGGGCGUUGGAUGGAAAGUUGAUCAGGGUAGACGAGUAUCUGAAAGUGUCUUCUAUCAACGAGGGCUCGAUAUUCAACGGCCAGUAUUACGCCAUCGGCGAUGUGUGCAACGCACCAGGUUUCAAGGUAGCUAGGGGUGCCUAUGUUGGAGCAUUCAGUGCAGCCGCCAACAUCAAGGCUGAGAUCAAAGGCAAAUCUCUGACCAAAUUCAGCCCCGGCGUGCAGGGCCUGGGUAUCCCGGUGGGCCACGAUGAAGGGGCAGGUAUGGUCACGCUCCCAUGGAUCGGCAAUUGGGUGUUUGGCAGUACCCUCAUUAGGCUGCAGCGCGGCAAGACGCUGGGUACGCCUAGGCAUUUUGCAGGUAGUUUUCAAGGGCCGACGAAGGUUCAUAUCGAGUUCGAUGAUGUGUAGAUAGAAGGCAGCUGAAGGAGUUGGACAUAAGGGAUGGUUCAUAUUGCGAAUCCACGCAGAAUGCAUGGAGAGAUGGCGGAAGUGCCCGCCCCGGUCCCCCGGUCGCUGCGAAGAGAUUACGAGUAACGUCGCGUUACUUGAGAUUGGCCGAGGCAUUAUCAAUCCAGAGCUGAUGUCCGUCUCGGAUCCGGCCGAGAAAGGCUCGCGGUUUCGCUACCUUCGUCGGCAGCUGUGUGGCCAUGGGCCGUGGGAACGAUGAUCAAUCGCGUCUCCCAUGCCCGCCGGCCAGGGCUGGGAACUCUUUUGUAUGAGCGAAACGUCCGGUCAUGGGUGGUUUGUUGUGUCAGCAUAUUCACAGACCGACCUCGGAC